AUGAGUAGUUCAGUUCAAUGUUCUCCUUCAACAUCUUCGGAUGUGGUUCUUCUACCUCAUCCAUUAAAUCAUGUCAAUCAUAAUCAUACAGAAACAUCUUCGACUACAAAAUCACGUAAACGAACUCGUUCACCAAGUUUAACACGAGAUGAUAACAAUGAAACAAAUCAUUCACCGACAGCUACAGAUACACCAACAAAAAAAAGUCGAAAAAAACGAAAUACUACAGAUAUUGAUCAAAGUUUAGGCACGCAUUUAUCAGCAGAUAAAUUAUAUAUUUAUCAAUGGCCAAUAGAUCAACCACAUGCUGAUUCACAUGUAUUACAAGAACAAAUUUGUGAUUAUUUAUCACUUAAAUCAUUUAAAAGAAAAUAUCCUGAUAUUACUCGAAGAAUUGUUGAUUUACACGAAAGAGAAUAUUUAAAAUCACUAAAUGUUGUUAGUGAAACACAAUGUGAUCUAGGUUUAACAGCACUUAAACUCGAUGAAGUACUACAACUAAUGUCAAUAGAUUAUCCAGAAAAAUAUCAUCAAUUUAAUCAUGUAUGGCAACAAAAACGUCGUACACUCUUGCAAACACAUAAUACAAAUAAUCAUAAUACUGGUACUACUUCUACUCUUUUAUCCGCAUCUAUUUCAAAUCACUUAUCAUUAACAUCGUCGACAUUUACUGCUUCAUCAUCAAAUUCAUUAGAUAAUGGAGAUAAAAAUCGUCCCUCUAAAUUACCUAAUAUAGUCCGACCAGAUUUAAUACGUUCAACAGUUGAAUACAAUACUCAAUUACAACGAGAACGACGUCAUGAUCGCAAAGCAUGUUUUGAUCUUCAAACUAUGCAAAUACAUUAUCCAGCUAAUCGACAAUAUCGUUUACCAUCUCAUUUAACUAGAAUUGGUUCUUAUCCAUUAGCACUUGUACCUGGACAAUUUCAAGAUUCAUAUAUAAAAUAUGAGUCCGAAGAACUUAAAUAUAUGCCUGUUAAUACAGCACUUUAUUAUUAUCCAAAACCACUUUCACUUGUUCAUACUGAACGAUUUUCACAGCAGGGAGCAUCAAGCGAUGAAGAAGAGGAAGGUACUUCAACAACUCGUCCAAUUAUUUCAAAUGUAUCAACACCACAAUCACCUUCAAUAGUCAAUGGAAUCGGUGCUAAUAGUAAUAAUAUAACAUCAAUACGUAUUACAAAACCAUCGACACCGAUUUCAGUGAACAGUCAUUCAAAUAUAUGUCAUACGUGUAAAUCAACAAAUGAUGAAAAUGAUGAAGAAUUAGUCGCAUGUACUAGUUGUCAACAUCGAUUUCAUCCAGCUUGUCUGGAUGCUAGUAGUGAAAUGUUAACUAUAAUUAAAACAUAUCCAUGGCAAUGUAUUGAUUGUAAAAGUUGUGCAAAAUGUAACAAAACACAUGAUGAAGCUAAUAUGAUGUUUUGUGAUCGAUGUGAUCGUGGUUAUCAUUCUUAUUGUGUUGGUUUAGAAGCUAUCCCAGAUGGAUCAUGGCAAUGUUCAGCGUGUGAUCCUCCUGCAUCGACUUCGCCAGCUAUUAAAGGAAAACGUGGUCGACCUUCUAAUAGCAGUCGUUCAUCUCCCCGUCAACAAUCAUCAAUAAAUUCUCCUAAAUCAGAAAUCGUUCCUACGCGUGUAUCAUCUCGUCGUAGUCAUAAAAUUGUAUCAACGCCAUUAUCUCCAUCAAAUAACACGAAUCAUUCCUCAAAUUCUUCUUCAACUGAUGUACAAUCUACUGCGAACAGUCCUUCUAUGAAUCUCGUUCUGACUCGUCAUCAACAACAAUGGACUACAAUUCCUAGUAAUAAUAAUAAUAAUAAUAAUAAUAAUACAAUUAUAUCAACUAAUCAAAGAUAG